AUGGCUCCUAAUAAAAGAAAUUUACGAAAGAACAUUCAUACCACACAGGAACCUAAAAAAGUAACUCCUGUUAGAAAAGCAACUUCCGCUAAAAAAGCAACUCCUAUUAGAAAAGCAACUUCUGUUAAAAAAGCGACUGCAAAAGCAGCAACUCGCACUAGAAAAGCAACUCCUAUCGAUCCUGAAGAACAAAUAAUUGAAGAUAUUGUAGAGAUUAUGGAUAAUAGAGUGGACAAUUUACGAGGUGAUUUAAGCGAAAAUGAAGAUGAAUUAGUUGAAGAUUAUUUAGGAGAGGACAAUUUAGAAGAUAAUAAUUCUGCAGAAGUAUCGGCUCGUAAUUCUGACAAUAUUAAUGAGUUAGCACGUACAGAGACUUCACAUUCUGUAACAAAAUCUAAAGGCAAGGGUAUUGCGACAGCACUAGAUGAGAAUUCGGCAUCAAAUUCAAUUACAAAAAUAGUAAAUUCCGCAGCAAAAUCACAUAAAAAUAAUGAAAAUGAUUUUGAAUGGUAUAAUUUACCUCAAGAACCUCAAGAACCUCAAAAAGCUUUAACAGAGCUUUAUAAUUCAUCAAAUGAACUUGAAGCUGCUAUGUGGGUAGUUCACCAUCCAAGUGUUUUAAAUUUAGCCAACAUUAUAUAUAACGGGAGGAAAACUAAAAUACAAGACAGUGAUAAAAUAUCUGAAAUAUCGACUAAUUCAUGCAAUUCUAUGGAUGUUGUAGAAAUUACUAAGCAUAUGAAAUGGCAAUUGCAAAACGAAUGCAAGGCUCUUUUUCUUUGUACAAGAAACAAUACCAAAGAUCUAUACGAAGAGCUAGCCGUAAAAGUAUGCAAAAUUCGAAAAAGUGAUCACCGUAUGGCGACAUUAGUCAAAGACAUGGGUAGUUGGUUCGAUGUUUAUCGUCACAAUCUUCAUGUUGCUAUUACAACUCUUGCAGAUGAUUUUGCUACAACACAUCAACAAGAAGAAGAACUGUCAAUUAGUCAGUUAUAUGAAUUCAUAAGCGAAGUAACCUGGAAAAAAGUACUCAGGGUGCAUUUGCAAGCUACCGAUUUGCCAGUAUUAAAUAACGAUUCAGAAAUAAUUACAAAGCUCGGUACUUUUAUACGCCAAGCCGUUAGAGAUGUUCUUAUUGCACAGAAUAAACAACAAGAUACUAGAAUUGCGAUUAGGAAAUGUGACGAAAUCACUUUAGAUUUAAAAAUUCCAACUAAACUUGGAAUAGUCAAAACUUUACCUGUUAGGACACUUUUGA